AUGUAUCAACUUACAAAAUAAUUGGUCGAUUUUCGCAGGAAUCAAUUUCUAAACUAGGGACUUCAGACAGAAUUCACGAUUCAAUAAGAAAAUGCAAAUAAAUUAGUGAGUGUGGGAUCACAAUUAAAAAGUCUAAACAACAUUGAGAAACAGCGUUAUUCAAGACCUGAUUCGUCUUAUGAUGAGAGUUCGGGGGAAUCCAGUGUCAUGUGUGAAUAGAUUCGUUAAAAACGAUUAAGAGUUGAGGAUGUUCUCUCGAUGGUAAUUGAUUCCGAAUGCAAUUAAAUCAUUAAGCUGGAGCCAAAACCAUUUUAGAAAAACAAUAGAGUAGAUCAAGAGUGGGAAUCAUAAAAAACAAUAAUAAUUUUGGAUGUCGAUGAGGAAGCCGUGGACAAUCUAGACUUAAAUGACUUUUUUGAUGAAUAGUAUACAAUUUUAUGA